UUUCCAAUCUAAGCCGCCAUCUUUGAUAGAAAUCAUAACCUAAAAGAGCAAAAAGACAAACGUCAAAGUGAAUAAUAAAGAAUAGUGAUUGAUUUAAUAAACACAUUUGUAUCAUUAAUUACUUUAAAUGAAAACAAAUAAUAUUUCAAUAUGGAGGACUCAAUGGUAAAGUGUAAUAAAUAUUGUUAAACCUUUUUUUUUUUCUUCGUAUAUUAAUAUCUGCAGGAAUUUACGUCAGUUUUGAUGUCCGAGAUAUAUCUUAUGUGUUAUCAGGGUCCAGGUUCGUGACUGUUAAGUGAAUAAGUGUUGAUAAGUGACUACUAAUUUAAACUCUUUAUUGUAGUUAUCAUAGCGACCUAAAAAUGAAGAAAUCGUUUCGAUACUUGGUGAUUCAAGACAUUUAUAACGAACAAAAUUUUAGAUGAGUGAUCCUCCUUGUCAUCUGAAUCAUUGACAAUAAUUGUUACCAGUGACAAAUAAGAAUUGAAUAUAAUGAGAGUGAUGUUUUGCUAGCUUUAACACACUGCCAAUUAACAUGAAACCACAUCGAGAAGAAAUGGAUGAGGAACAUCCUGUCAGAGAGGCUAAUAAGAUUUGUGGGGUUUGUGGUGAUCGAGCUCUCGGUUACAAUUUUAAUGCAGUCUCCUGCGAAAGUUGUAAGGCCUUUUUUAGACGAAACGCUCUUCGAAAGAAGGACUUUCGUUGUCCAUUUACGGAAAAUUGUAAUAUUUCUCCCGUAACACGUCGUUUUUGUCAAAAAUGUAGACUCGACAAAUGUUUCAACAUUGGAAUGCGAAAAGAAUACAUAAUGUCAGAGGAGGAUAAAGUUUUGAAACGUCAAAAAAUCGAGCAAAAUCGUGCAAAAAAACGGCCAAAUCGCGACGGUUUGAAAUUGACAAAAAUGAAAAAAGAAUCUGUCGAUGAAUUAAAUUUCGAUAAUGAUACAUCUGCAUCAAUAGCAUCAGUUAUUUCAACAGCAUCAACAGUUGCGGAAACAUAUUUUUGGGAAUCUGACAGAAAAUAUACGGAUCUCGAUGCAAAUCGACAAUCAGUUAUUGAUAGUAUGAGUCCCGUUCCCGCAGCAAGUGUUCCCAGUCCAUUAAGUCCACCUGAAAAUUUAGAUAAUAUCGCUGGUUCAAAAACACUUGACAUGUUAAAAGAUUCAUAUAAUUCACCACCAAGUUAUCAUGAACUUAGUCCUCGUGUUACAAAUAAUAACAAUAAUAAUCAAUCCAUCAAGAUAAUUACACCAACACAUAUUAUUGAUAAAAAAUCAUCAAUAGUUGAGCAAGCAACGACAAAAAAUGAAAAUACUCGAAUAAAUUUGGAACGUAAAAAUAUUGAUAAUUCAUCAAUUAAAGAAACAUGUUCAAAUUGUACUCCAAUUUCAUGUUCAAGCGAUAAUGGCACAAAAAUUGGUCAAAUGAAAAAUUCAACAAUUGCAAUUAAAAUAUCACAAGAUCCAGAAUUAAUUUCAAAAAUUGUUAACAAUCAACAUUUAUUAACAAAAAUAUUUAUGAAUCAAGAGGUUUUAAUGAAAAUUAUCACCGAUACAGAGACAUUAUCGAAACUUACUGAAAAUCCAAUAGUUUCGCAAUUACUUCAGGAGAAUGUUAUUAAUUCAGAAGAUGAGAAUAAGGGGACAUUGGAGGAAGAUGAAAUAAGAGACGAUUUGGAAAUUCAUAAUUAUUCUGAUAAUAAUAUGGAAUCAUCGCAAAAUACACAAAUUGAAAAUCCAAUUUUGACGAAUUUAAUUACAAAUAAUAGUCCAGAUGAGGAGAAAAUUCAUAUUGAUGAAUCAAAUUCAAAUGAUUGUAAUAAAAUGUCGGAUGAUGUUACCAAAGAUGUUUUACAAGAAGUUCAAAGAUUGCCAAUAACACCAAAUUCAAUGGAAUCUAUUCUCUGCAAAGCAAUAAAUUUGGAAUUUUCCGCAUUUUCUUCACUCGGCGCAAAUCUCAAUAGUCGUGAAUUAAACGAUUCUGAAAGAGCGAAACUAAACGAAUUAAUUGUUGCCAGUAAAGCUCUUCACGCCCCUUUGGACGAUGAUAUUUCAACUUACAUUGGCGAUGAAUAUUUGUUUCAAGGAAUUGGAAGUCAAUUUGAUCCGGCAUUGCUUGAUGUGAUAAAUUUGACAGCAGUGGCAAUAAGACGUUUAAUAAAAAUGUCGAAAAAAAUAAGUGCAUUCAAAAAUAUGUGCGAGGAAGAUCAAUUGGCAUUAUUAAAGGGUGGCUGUACCGAAAUGAUGAUUUUAAGAUCGGCCAUUAAUUACGAUUCCGAUAAGCAUGUGUGGAAAAUUCCUCACACACAGGAGAGAAUGUCAAACAUUAAAGUCGAUGUUCUGAAGGAGGCAAAGGGAAAUUUAUUUGCCGAACAUACCAAAUUUUUUCACACCUUCGAUCCUCAAUGGAAGGACGAGAAUGUCAUUUUAAUUCUCAGUGCCAUUGCUCUUUUCACGCCCGAAAGACCAAAAGUCGUUCAUUCCGAUGUCGUCAAAUUGGAACAAAACUCGUAUUAUUAUCUUUUGAGACGAUAUUUGGAAAGUAUGUAUCCAGGAUGUGUGGCAAAAUCGACAUUUUUAAAAUUAAUACAAAAAAUUUCCGAAUUGCACAGAUUGAAUGACGAAGUUGUGGGUGUGUACUUGAAUGUGAACCCGUCCAGUGUAGAACCCCUAUUAAUUGAAAUAUUUGAUUUGAAACAAUAAUUGUAGCCAUCAAGAGUUGCACCUUCAGAUCCUAGUUGAAUCGUUCCUUAUAUAAAAGUAAGUCAAACAACAAUUUUAUAGCAUAAAUUAAUAAUUGAAUUUUCUAUCGCUUUAUUGUUGACAAAAAGAGAAUUAUUUUUAACUUAUAUAAAAAUAUUUAUUUAAAUUUUUGUUUUUGUUAUUAAAUUUUUAUAGGAAAAGAGAACGGAAUUUUAUCGAAACAAAUUUCGUUUUGAUAGAAACCAAAAAAAAAAAAAUUUAUAAAAUUUCUUUAUAAAUAUUUGUUUAACUAUUUAGUAUAAAUGUUAAAGAUAAAAGCUUUGUCACUAUGUUAAAAAUGAAAUUUUCAAAUAUUCUUGUUUAUAGUAUACCUUAUAAUUAAGUUUUCACAUUUCACUAUUGCAAAAAAAAAUAUUUAAGAAAACCAUUUUUUUUAUCACCAUGAAAAUCAGUAUAACAGCGAAUUAUAUUUGCAUUGUUUCCUUGGUGAAUGAGAGAAUGAGUGAAAGAAACAAAAAAUUUAAAAAUUGUAUUAUAAUGAUUACCCACUGUAAUCAAAAGUUGUGAUAUCGUAUUAUGAAAUAUAUUUUUUUCAAAAUAUA